AGCAAGCUGAGUCAAAUGGGUACACUAAGGAUAAUGGCCCAACUUCUAGUGAUGUCCCUUCUGUCUCACAGCAAGCUGAGUCAAAUGGGCACAUUAAGGAUAAUGGUCCAACUUGUACCAUCCCAUCUGGCUCAAAGCAAGUUGAUGGCCCAGUCUGUGCAGGUAGGCCCCCUACUACAAGCCAUGCAGAGUCAAUUGAAGAAAAUGACUAUAAUGGCCCACAAUGUAAUGAUGUCCCACAUGGUACAUCUACAGUACUUGUAGAUUCAAGUCAGCACCACAACAAUGAUGACCCAGAGAAUAUCAUGGCCUCUCCAGAAAAACAUCCAAGUAACUCAUGCACAUUUCUUCCAAUAUAUGGUCUCUCUAAAAGCUGUUUGAGAAGUACAGCACAGUCAGUUGGCACAGAUGAACAGGGAAUAUGUGCAAAUGUCAAGGAAGAACAAGAAGAUCAUAAUGCAAAGCCUCAGAUGCGUAAACCAUCAUCAAGUAGUUUUGUUUUUCUACCUUUCCAUGGACUGUCACGAGGUUGUUUUAGUCCCCCACAGCAAGGAGAGUCAAUAGGAGUCCAGUCUCGAAAGAGAAAGGCUGACAUGGAUCAAGCUGAUGGGGUUGAGUUAUCAGCCAAGAGACUGAAACAGGAUGAAACUUUCUGUGAAGCAGAAGAAAACAGUGAUUCAUGCCAUUCAAAUGCCGAAGCUGCUGGGAAACUUGUAUCCUUGUCAACAUCUGAGCAGUCACUUGGUGAACUGAUUACCAAACAGAAGGAGGUGUGUUGCUCAAAGCCCAAAGGAAAUUAUGACAAAGAGAAGAAUGCAGUAUAUGGUAGCUGUUUGCAAGAAGAUGUUAGUGAAAAUGCUGUUGUUCAUAGCCAAAUCUCUGAUGGUAUUGUACAUGCAUGUCCUGGUGCAUGGGAUGUUGAGGUAGGGGAACAGCACAGCAGCAACAGUGACCCAGUCUGUAGUAAUGUCCCUUCUGUAUCUGUACAAGCUGAGUCAAAUGAGCACAAUAAGGAUAAUGGUUCAACUUCUAGUGAUGUCCCUUCUGGCUCAAAGGACCCAGCCAAUACCAUGGCCCUUGCAAAACAAAAUCCCAGUUACCCAUGCACAUUUCUUCCAAUAUAUGGUCUCUCUAAAAGCUGUUUGAGAAGUACAGCACAUUCAGUUAGCACAGAUGAACAGGGAAUAUGCCCAAAUGUCAAGGAAGAAAAACAAGAUCAUAGUACCAAGUCUCAAAUGAGUAAACCAUCAUCAAGUAGUUUUGCUUGUCUACCUUUCCAUGGGCUAUCACGAGGUUGUUUUAGUCCCCCACAGCAAGGGGAUUCAACAGGAGUUCAGUCUCGGAAGAGAAAGGCUGACAUGGAUCAAGCCGAUGGGGUUGAGUUAUCAGCCAAGAGAUUGAAACAGAAUGAUACCUUCUGUGAAGCAGAAGAAAACAGUGAUUCAUGCCAUUCAAGAGCUAAAGAUGCUGGCAGUAAAAGUGAUACAGAGAUGAAACCAAGGUGUAAUAUUAAUGAUGAUAAUACUGAAAGCGAUGGUGGAAAUGACAGCAGCAGUUCUGAGAGCAUAGAAUGGCAUGAUGCCUUAGAAGAUGCAGAACCAUGACCUAAAGCACCAAUAACAUGUACAGUGUAUAUAUACUUUUUACAGCUGAAAUAGAAUCAUGGAUGUCCAGUGGAUUGUACAAGUGCUGCAUUUAUAAUUGAUAUUAGAGCAUCUGUGAAGGAUAGGAGUAGAUGAAGUAGAAGUACGUACAUAGCAGUGUCAUUGGGUAGUGUCCAAUGAUGUCUUAACAUUGAACAGUAAAGGCCAAAAAUAUUUUUAAUGUAUGUACAAUAUGCAUGCAUAAAAACCAUAUAAAGAUGAAUUCCCAAUGGGUAUACAGUAGAUGCAAAAGGAAUGGUGAGCUGUAGGCUGAGGAGUUUACAGAUGUCAAUCAAAGGUGGUUUAUUACAGCUAGAGGACAAGAUUUCUCAAAACAAGUUGUAACGACAGAGUUGUGGAAUAUCUUUGACCUGUUAAAUGCAGUAAUGCCUAUACAGUGUACAUGUAGGCAACUCAUUCUUAUAUCAUCAAUACAAGAACUUCUGUUUUGUGAGGGAAGUGUAUCUUUGCCAGACAGAGUAAAAAACAAGUAAAACACAAGAAAUACGGCAGCAGUGAACACAGACUUACAAGCUGGGUACAUACAAGGUGCAUUAGAACCACUAAGUAGGGUAAGAGAAAGACAGUAUGAUAGCUAGUUAGUGUAGUGUGAAUAGUAUCUUAGACUGUUGACAGUCC